AUGAUGGAGAAGCUCAAUGCCAAGCGUGCAGACCUUAAGAAGGUCGUGGACGAGCUCGAGGCCCUGAACCAGAAGCUCAACUCGCUUAGGCAGGAGCAAGAUAACCUGACGGCCGAAGUGGAUCUCUGCCAGAAGAAGCUGGAAAGAGCGGAGACCCUGAUCACCUCCCUCGGUGGCGAGAAGACCCGGUGGACGCAGAAUGCCAUCGAUCUAGCGGCUGACUAUGUGAACCUCACUGGAGAUGUCAUCGUGGCAUCCGGCCUCAUUGCGUACCUGGGAGCCUUCACGCCUGACUUUCGUGAGGGGGCUGUCUCGUCCUGGGCCUCAGAGUCCCUCGAGCGCCAGAUCCCAGGCUCCGAGAAGUUCAGCCUGGAACGCUGUCUUGGCGAGCCUGUGAAGGUUCGAGCCUGGGUUGUUGCAGGGCUGCCGAACGAUUCCUUCAGCAUCGAGAAUGGCAUCAUCAUGGACAAGGCCUUGUUUUGGUCCAUUACUUUCGAGGAAUUCGCGAGUCUCGAAUGGGUGCCAUCCUUCCGGAAUCCCAUGGUGUCAAUGAUGGUCAACACCUCUUGGAAGCACUUCUAUGAAACGGUAGUGAUGACUGUUCCUGACUGGAGCUACGUGAAGUGGAAGAAAUGGUUCGCCUGCUGCUGGACUGCCACGGUGCCGAGGUGGCCACUGUGCAUCGAUCCCCAGGGCCAGGCGAACCGGUGGAUCAAGAAGAUGGGCCAACCGCUGCAGAUCGUGGUGGCCAAGUUCACAGACUCGGACUACCUCAAGCGACUGGAGGGCUGCAUCCAGUUUGGGAACCCGAUGCUCAUCGAAAACAUGCUGGAGGACACGGACCCUGCUGUGGAGCCCGUGCUUCUACGGCAGACCUUCAAAAAGGGCAACGCGUUGAUGAUCAAGCUCGGCGAGACGACCAUGGAGUGGCAGAAAGACUUCAAGUUUUACCUCACCACGAAGCUGAGAAACCCGCACUACCUUCCAGAGGUUGCCGUGAAGGUUACGCUGCUGAACUUCAUGAUCACGCAGGUGGGGCUGCAGGACCAGCUGCUAAACAUCGUCGUGGAAAAGGAGCGGCCAGACCUUGCUGAAGAGAAGGCUCGCCUGGUUGUGGAAGGCGCGGAAAACAAAGAGCAGCUGGAGAUCACGGAGAACAAGAUCUUGGAUGUGCUCAGCUCAUCCCAGGGCAACAUCCUCGAGGAUGAAAAGGCGGUUCAGAUUCUAUCUGCUUCGAAGCAGCUGUCAAAUGAGAUCGCAGAAAAGCAGCAGACGGCAGAGACGACUGAGAAGCAGAUUGACGAAGCACGCCUCCAGUACGUUCCUGUGGCGUUCCAGACAGCGAUCCUGUUCUUCUGCAUCGCCGACCUUGCGAACAUUGAUCCCAUGUACCAGUACUCGCUUCCCUUCUUCAUCGGCCUCUUCAAGGCAGCCAUUGCAAAGUCAGAGAAAACGGAUGACAUUGUCCGGAGCCCCGGGAAGAUCCGGUACCUGUCCGUGAAGCGCAUCGUGAUCCUGAACGACUUCUUUAUGGAGAUGCUGUACAAGAACAUUUGCCGGUCGCUCUUCGAGAAGCACAAGCUCUUGUUCUCCUUCUUGCUGACGAUGCGCCUGCGCAUCACCACUGGGAAGGUGUCGAUGUCCGACUACCGCUUUCUGCUGACUGGAGGCACUGCCAUGGAGGAGGGGCUCGGGAAGGGCAUAGGGUUUAGGGUUUAG